CUCCACUCCUGUUCCCUGUCUUAAAGGGACAGCCCUCCCAAUUAGCUCUGGGCAUCCGUCACCCCCUGGGGUACCCCUUGCCCCCUAGUCUCCGGCAGGCAUCCCAUCUGCCCUGGGCUGGUGGGCCACGCCCUGCUCCCGAUGCCCAUGCUCUCCUCCAGCAUGAACUGCGUAGCCGAGUUCUUCACCUACGAGACCACCAAGUCAGUGGUGGUGAAGAGCUGGACCGUUGGCGUGAUCAACCGGGCUGUGCAGCUGCUCAUCAUCUCAUACUUCAUCGGCUGGGUGUUUCUCCAUGAGAAGGCGUACCAGGUGCGGGACACCUCCAUUGAGUCCUCUGUGGUGACUAAGGUCAAGGGCUUCGGCAAAUACACCAACAGGGUCAUGGACACGGCAGACUACGUUACACCCCCACAG